UCCUUGAUUGUCUUCUGGGUUGAUGGUUAUGAAGGUCUACUUGACCACCUAGCUACCACACAAGUAGCACAAAAGACAUGUGUAAAUGACCAUAUAAUCUCCACACCACAGUCACCAUAACAAAUAUAAAUACUACUAGAGGUGUAAGCAGAGGGAUCAUCACAAAGAAACAAUGGAGACUUUUGAGAAAGAAAUGAAUGGUAUGAAGGAGUAUUAUGGGAGUGGAGAGACAAAGAAAGUGUCAUGGAGAGAAUCACAACUCAAAGGGUUGUGUCGUUUCCUCAUUGAAAAAGAAGAAGAUAUUUUGAAGGCCUUAAUGCUUGACUUAGGAAAGCAUCAUGUUGAAGCUUUUAGAGAUGAGAUGGGAACUUUGAUGAAGUCUUUGAAUUUUGCAUUGAGUAACUUAAAAUAUUGGAUAUCAGGCAAAAAGGCUAAAUUGCCACAAAUAGCACUGCUUAGUAGUGCAGAAAUUGUUCCUGAACCUCUGGGCCUAGUCCUCAUUAUUUCAUCUUGGAAUUUUCCCUUUGGUUUAUCCUUGGAGCCACUAAUAGGAGCAGUAGCAGCUGGAAACACGGUGGUCUUAAAGCCUUCAGAGUUGUCACCAGCAUGUUCUUCCAUACUUGCCCUUGGACUUCCCAAUUUCCUGGACAACAAAGCCAUUAAGGUUGUACAAGGUGGACCCCAUGAAUCUCAGCACCUUCUCCAGCAUAAAUGGGACAAAAUCUUCUUCACAGGAAGUGCACGUGUGGGGAAGAUUGUGAUGUCAGCAGCAGCCAAGCAUUUGACUCCUGUGACUUUGGAGUUGGGUGGAAAAUGUCCUGCAGUUGUUGAUUCACUUUCAUCUUCUUGGGACUUGGAGGUAACGGUGAAGCGGAUUCUAGUGGGAAAAUAUGGGGCAUGUGGUGGUCAAGCAUGCAUAGCAAUUGACUAUGUCCUCGUGGAAAAUCAAUACUAUCCAAAACUGGUAGAAUUGAUGAAAUUAUGGAUCAAGAAAAUGUUUGGGGAGAACCCAAAAGACUCCAAGACCAUUGCGAGGAUAGUUAAUAAACAACACUUGUCUAGAUUGAAAAAUCUUUUGGCUGAUCCAGAGAUCAAGAAAUCUGUGGUUUAUGGAGGCUCUAUGGACGAAAGAAACUUAUUUAUUGAGCCAACAAUCUUGUUGAAUCCCCCACUUGAAUCAGCAAUCAUGACAGAAGAAAUUUUUGGCCCAUUGCUUCCAAUUAUUACUGUGGACAAAAUUGAAGACAGUAUUAAAUUCAUAAGCUCUAGGCCUAAGCCUCUUGCACUCUAUGUCUUUUCCAAAGAUAAGACACUGCAGAAUAGAAUGAUAUCUGAAACAUCUUCGGGCAGUUUAACUUUCAAUGAUGCAAUUCUACAAAAUAAUGUGCAGUAUGCAGCGGAUUCUCUACCAUUUGGUGGAGUUGGAGAAAGUGGAUUUGGAAUGUACCAUGGGAAGUUCUCUUUUGACACAUUCAGCAGCCAUAAGGCAGUAGUUAGAAGAAGCUUCCUCACUGAUUUCUGGUAUAGGUAUCCACCAUGGACACUGAACAAGUUUCAGCUUCUUGAGGUCUCUUACAACUAUGAUUAUCUGGGGUUGCUCCUUGUCUUGCUUGGCCUAAAGACACCAUCAAAACGCAGAUCAUAUUUCGCUAACCCCUGAUUACUUUCACCAUCAUAAGUAUUAUUAGAUGAUAAGUGUUUAUAGCUUCCUUUCCUUUUCUGAUUAUGUGGUUGCUGGACUGGAGAAUUAUGAGUUGCAAUAUCAUCAACCAGAUAUUUAUAAAUAAAAUAAAUUAUAACAAAUCAAAUCAGAGCAUAAAUGUCCGAAGACAAAACAUAGAUGUCUUUGUUGUGAUA